AUGAUGAGACCAGCUGUGGUACUCACCUUGUUGGCUGUUCUAGGACAGACAAACAGCUAUGAUGGUAACAUUGCAAGAAGAGGGAGAGCGACUCAGUCUUCCACAUUUGAGAUUGCUGUUGCUGAAAGGGCCAUUGAUGGAAAUUGGGCUAGCAACUGGAGGCAGGGAUCCUGUACCCACACCCGCAAAGAAUUCAAUCCAUGGUGGAGACUGGACCUCCUGAAGUCAUAUAAAGUCAGUACAGUCACCAUCACCAACAGAAGAGAUUGUUGUUCAGAAAGGCUCAAUGGAGCUGAGAUCCGCAUUGGAAAUUCUCUCAAUGCCAAUGGCAAUGCUAAUCCCAGAUGCGCUAUGGUCAGCUCUAUCAGAGGUGGUGCCUCCAAAACAUUUCAGUGUUAUGGAAUGGUUGGCCGUUAUGUGAACAUUGUGAUUCUAGGAAGAAGAGAGUAUCUGACACUGUGUGAGGUGGAAGUUUACGGUGAACCUUCAGCUGGUACGAAUAUUGCCAGAGGUGGAAAAGUGACUCAGUCUACCCUGUAUGGGAAAGCUGUGCCUGAAAGGGCCAUUGAUGGGAAUCGUGCUAGCAACUGGGGACAAGGAUCCUGUACCCACACACAAAAGAAUCUCAAACCAUGGUGGAGACUGGAUCUCCAGAAGUUGUAUAAAAUCAACACUGUCACCAUCACCAAUAGAAAGGAUUGUUGCCAUGAUAGAAUCAAUGGAGCUGAGAUCCGCAUUGGGAAUUCUCUCAGUGACAACGGCAACGCAAAUCCCAGAUGCACUGUGAUCUCAUCUAUUCCAGCUGGAACAACCAAAACAUUUCAGUGUAACGGAAUGGUAGGCCGUUAUGUGAACAUUGUGAUUCCAGGAAGAAGAGAGUAUCUGACACUGUGUGAGGUGGAAGUUUAUGGUGUACCUACAACUGGUACGAAUAUUGCGAGUGGUGGAAAAGUGACUCAGUCUACAUUGUAUGGGAAAGCUGUGCCUGAAAGGGCCAUUGAUGGGAAUCGUGCUAGCAACUGGGGACAGGCAUCCUGUUCCGCCACAAUGAAUAAUCCCAAGCCAUGGUGGAGACUGGACCUCCUGAAGUCGUAUGAAAUCAACACUAUCACAAUCACUAACAGAGGAGAUUGUUGCCCCAAUAGAAUCAAUGGAGCUGAGAUCCGCAUUGGGAAUUCUCUCAGUGACAACGGCAACGCAAAUCCCAGAUGCACUGUGAUCUCAUCUAUCCCAGCUGGAAAAACCAAAAUAUUUCAGUGUAACGGAAUGGUAGGCCGUUAUGUGAACAUUGUGAUUCCAGGAAGAAGAGAGUAUCUGACACUGUGUGAGGUGGAAGUUUACGGUGAACCUUCAGCUGGUACGAAUAUUGCCAGAGGUGGAAAAGUGACUCAGUCUACACUGUUUGGGAAAGCUGUGCCUGAAAGGGCCAUUGAUGGGAAUCGUGCUAGCAACUGGGGACAAGGAUCCUGUACCCACACACAAAAGAAUCUCAAACCAUGGUGGAGACUGGAUCUCCAGAAGUUGUAUAAAAUCAACACUGUCACCAUCACCAAUAGAAAGGAUUGUUGCCAUGAUAGAAUCAAUGGAGCUGAGAUCCGCAUUGGGAAUUCUCUCAGUGACAACGGCAACGCAAAUCCCAGAUGCACUGUGAUCUCAUCUAUCCCAGCUGGAACAACCAAAACAUUUCAGUGUAACGGAAUGGUAGGCCGUUAUGUGAACAUUGUGAUUCCAGGAAGAAGAGAGUAUCUGACACUGUGUGAGGUGGAAGUUCAUGGUGAACCUACAACUGAUACGAAUAUUGCCAGAGGUGGAAAAGUGACUCAGUCUACACUGUUUGGGAAAGCUGUGCCUGAAAGGGCCAUUGAUGGGAAUCGUGCUAGCAACUGGGGACAAGGAUCCUGUACCCACACACAAAAGAAUCUCAAACCAUGGUGGAGACUGGAUCUCCAGAAGUUGUAUAAAAUCAAGACUGUCACCAUCACCAAUAGAAAGGAUUGUUGCCAUGAUAGAAUCAAUGGAGCUGAGAUCCGCAUUGGGAAUUCUCUCAGUGACAACGGCAACGCAAAUCCCAGAUGCACUGUGAUCUCAUCUAUCCCAGCUGGAACAACCAAAACAUUUCAGUGUAACGGAAUGGUAGGCCGUUAUGUGAACAUUGUGAUUCCAGGAAGAAGAGAGUAUCUGACACUGUGUGAGGUGGAAGUUCAUGGUGAACCUACAACUGGUACGAAUAUUGCGAGUGGUGGAAAAGUGACUCAGUCUACACUGUAUGGGAAAGCUGUGCCUGAAAGGGCCAUUGAUGGGAAUCGUGCUAGCAACUGGGGACAGGCAUCCUGUUCCGCCACAAUGAAUAAUCCCAAGCCAUGGUGGAGACUGGACCUCCUGAAGUCGUAUGAAAUCAACACUAUCACAAUCACCAACAGAGGAGAUUGUUGCCCCAAUAGAAUCAAUGGAGCUGAGAUCCGCAUUGGAAAUUCUCUCAGUGACAACGGCAACGCAAAUCCCAGAUGCACUGUGAUCUCAUCUAUCCCAGCUGGAAAAACCAAAACAUUUCAGUGUAACGGAAUGGUAGGCCGUUAUGUGAACAUUGUGAUUCCAGGAAGAAGAGAGUAUCUGACACUGUGUGAGGUGGAAGUUUACGGUGAACCUUCAGCUGGUGGUAAACCUCCAACUAUCACUGGUACGAAUAUUGCGAGUGGUGGAAAAGUGACUCAGUCUACAUUGUAUGGGAAAGCUGUGCCUGAAAGGGCCAUUGAUGGGAAUCGUGCUAGCAACUGGGGACAGGCAUCCUGUUCCGCCACAAUGAAUAAUCCCAAGCCAUGGUGGAGACUGGACCUCCUGAAGUCGUAUGAAAUCAACACUAUCACAAUCACCAACAGAGGAGAUUGUUGCCCCAAUAGAAUCAAUGGAGCUGAGAUCCGCAUUGGAAAUUCUCUCAGUGACAACGGCAACACAAAUCCCAGAUGCACUGUGAUCUCAUCUAUCCCAGCUGGAAAAACCAAAACAUUUCAGUGUAACGGAAUGGUAGGCCGUUAUGUGAACAUUGUGAUUCCAGGAAGAAGAGAGUAUCUGACACUGUGUGAGGUGGAAGUUUACGGUGAACCUUCAGCUGGUACGAAUAUUGCCAGAGGUGGAAAAGUGACUCAGUCUACACUGUUUGGGAAAGCUGUGCCUGAAAGGGCCAUUGAUGGGAAUCGUGCUAGCAACUGGGGACAAGGAUCCUGUACCCACACACAAAAGAAUCUCAAACCAUGGUGGAGACUGGAUCUCCAGAAGUUGUAUAAAAUCAACACUGUCACCAUCACCAAUAGAAAGGAUUGUUGCCAUGAUAGAAUCAAUGGAGCUGAGAUCCGCAUUGGGAAUUCUCUCAGUGACAACGGCAACGCAAAUCCCAGAUGCACUGUGAUCUCAUCUAUCCCAGCUGGAAAAACCAAAACAUUUCAGUGUAACGGAAUGGUAGGCCGUUAUGUGAACAUUGUGAUUCCAGGAAGAAGAGAGUAUCUGACACUGUGUGAGGUGGAAGUUCAUGGUGAACCUACAACUGGUACGAAUAUUGCCAGAGGUGGAAAAGUGACUCAGUCUACACUGUUUGGGAAAGCUGUGCCUGAAAGGGCCAUUGAUGGGAAUCGUGCUAGCAACUGGGGACAAGGAUCCUGUACCCACACACAAAAGAAUCUCAAACCAUGGUGGAGACUGGAUCUCCAGAAGUUGUAUAAAAUCAACACUGUCACCAUCACCAAUAGAAAGGAUUGUUGCCAUGAUAGAAUCAAUGGAGCUGAGAUCCGCAUUGGGAAUUCUCUCAGUGACAACGGCAACGCAAAUCCCAGAUGCACUGUGAUCUCAUCUAUCCCAGCUGGAACAACCAAAACAUUUCAGUGUAACGGAAUGGUAGGCCGUUAUGUGAACAUUGUGAUUCCAGGAAGAAGAGAGUAUCUGACACUGUGUGAGGUGGAAGUUCAUGGUGAACCUACAACUGGUACGAAUAUUGCGAGUGGUGGAAAAGUGACUCAGUCUACACUGUAUGGGAAAGCUGUGCCUGAAAGGGCCAUUGAUGGGAAUCGUGCUAGCAACUGGGGACAGGCAUCCUGUUCCGCCACAAUGAAUAAUCCCAAGCCAUGGUGGAGACUGGACCUCCUGAAGUCGUAUGAAAUCAACACUAUCACAAUCACCAACAGAGGAGAUUGUUGCCCCAAUAGAAUCAAUGGAGCUGAGAUCCGCAUUGGAAAUUCUCUCAGUGACAACGGCAACGCAAAUCCCAGAUGCACUGUGAUCUCAUCUAUCCCAGCUGGAAAAACCAAAACAUUUCAGUGUAACGGAAUGGUAGGCCGUUAUGUGAACAUUGUGAUUCCAGGAAGAAGAGAGUAUCUGACACUGUGUGAGGUGGAAGUUUACGGUGAACCUUCAGCUGGUGGUAAACCUCCAACUAUCACUGGUACGAAUAUUGCGAGUGGUGGAAAAGUGACUCAGUCUACAUUGUAUGGGAAAGCUGUGCCUGAAAGGGCCAUUGAUGGGAAUCGUGCUAGCAACUGGGGACAGGCAUCCUGUUCCGCCACAAUGAAUAAUCCCAAGCCAUGGUGGAGACUGGACCUCCUGAAGUCGUAUGAAAUCAACACUAUCACAAUCACCAACAGAGGAGAUUGUUGCCCCAAUAGAAUCAAUGGAGCUGAGAUCCGCAUUGGAAAUUCUCUCAGUGAGAACGGCAACACAAAUCCCAGAUGCACUGUGAUCUCAUCUAUCCCAGCUGGAAAAACCAAAACAUUUCAGUGUAACGGAAUGGUAGGCCGUUAUGUGAACAUUGUGAUUCCAGGAAGAAGAGAGUAUCUGACACUGUGUGAGGUGGAAGUUUACGGUGAACCUUCAGCUGGUACGAAUAUUGCCAGAGGUGGAAAAGUGACUCAGUCUACACUGUUUGGGAAAGCUGUGCCUGAAAGGGCCAUUGAUGGGAAUCGUGCUAGCAACUGGGGACAAGGAUCCUGUACCCACACACAAAAGAAUCUCAAACCAUGGUGGAGACUGGAUCUCCAGAAGUUGUAUAAAAUCAACACUGUCACCAUCACCAAUAGAAAGGAUUGUUGCCAUGAUAGAAUCAAUGGAGCUGAGAUCCGCAUUGGGAAUUCUCUCAGUGACAACGGCAACGCAAAUCCCAGAUGCACUGUGAUCUCAUCUAUCCCAGCUGGAAAAACCAAAACAUUUCAGUGUAACGGAAUGGUAGGCCGUUAUGUGAACAUUGUGAUUCCAGGAAGAAGAGAGUAUCUGACACUGUGUGAGGUGGAAGUUCAUGGUGAACCUACAACUGGUACGAAUAUUGCCAGAGGUGGAAAAGUGACUCAGUCUACACUGUUUGGGAAAGCUGUGCCUGAAAGGGCCAUUGAUGGGAAUCGUGCUAGCAACUGGGGACAAGGAUCCUGUACCCACACACAAAAGAAUCUCAAACCAUGGUGGAGACUGGAUCUCCAGAAGUUGUAUAAAAUCAACACUGUCACCAUCACCAAUAGAAAGGAUUGUUGCCAUGAUAGAAUCAAUGGAGCUGAGAUCCGCAUUGGGAAUUCUCUCAGUGACAACGGCAACGCAAAUCCCAGAUGCACUGUGAUCUCAUCUAUCCCAGCUGGAACAACCAAAACAUUUCAGUGUAACGGAAUGGUAGGCCGUUAUGUGAACAUUGUGAUUCCAGGAAGAAGAGAGUAUCUGACACUGUGUGAGGUGGAAGUUCAUGGUGAACCUACAACUGGUACGAAUAUUGCGAGUGGUGGAAAAGUGACUCAGUCUACACUGUAUGGGAAAGCUGUGCCUGAAAGGGCCAUUGAUGGGAAUCGUGCUAGCAACUGGGGACAGGCAUCCUGUUCCGCCACAAUGAAUAAUCCCAAGCCAUGGUGGAGACUGGACCUCCUGAAGUCGUAUGAAAUCAACACUAUCACAAUCACCAACAGAGGAGAUUGUUGCCCCAAUAGAAUCAAUGGAGCUGAGAUCCGCAUUGGAAAUUCUCUCAGUGACAACGGCAACGCAAAUCCCAGAUGCACUGUGAUCUCAUCUAUCCCAGCUGGAAAAACCAAAACAUUUCAGUGUAACGGAAUGGUAGGCCGUUAUGUGAACAUUGUGAUUCCAGGAAGAAGAGAGUAUCUGACACUGUGUGAGGUGGAAGUUUACGGUGAACCUUCAGCUGGUGGUAAACCUCCAACUAUCACUGGUACGAAUAUUGCGAGUGGUGGAAAAGUGACUCAGUCUACAUUGUAUGGGAAAGCUGUGCCUGAAAGGGCCAUUGAUGGGAAUCGUGCUAGCAACUGGGGACAGGCAUCCUGUUCCGCCACAAUGAAUAAUCCCAAGCCAUGGUGGAGACUGGACCUCCUGAAGUCGUAUGAAAUCAACACUAUCACAAUCACCAACAGAGGAGAUUGUUGCCCCAAUAGAAUCAAUGGAGCUGAGAUCCGCAUUGGAAAUUCUCUCAGUGACAACGGCAACACAAAUCCCAGAUGCACUGUGAUCUCAUCUAUCCCAGCUGGAAAAACCAAAACAUUUCAGUGUAACGGAAUGGUAGGCCGUUAUGUGAACAUUGUGAUUCCAGGAAGAAGAGAGUAUCUGACACUGUGUGAGGUGGAAGUUUACGGUGAACCUUCAGCUGGUACGAAUAUUGCCAGAGGUGGAAAAGUGACUCAGUCUACACUGUUUGGGAAAGCUGUGCCUGAAAGGGCCAUUGAUGGGAAUCGUGCUAGCAACUGGGGACAAGGAUCCUGUACCCACACACAAAAGAAUCUCAAACCAUGGUGGAGACUGGAUCUCCAGAAGUUGUAUAAAAUCAACACUGUCACCAUCACCAAUAGAAAGGAUUGUUGCCAUGAUAGAAUCAAUGGAGCUGAGAUCCGCAUUGGGAAUUCUCUCAGUGACAACGGCAACGCAAAUCCCAGAUGCACUGUGAUCUCAUCUAUCCCAGCUGGAACAACCAAAACAUUUCAGUGUAACGGAAUGGUAGGCCGUUAUGUGAACAUUGUGAUUCCAGGAAGAAGAGAGUAUCUGACACUGUGUGAGGUGGAAGUUCAUGGUGAACCUACAACUGGUACGAAUAUUGCGAGUGGUGGAAAAGUGACUCAGUCUACACUGUAUGGGAAAGCUGUGCCUGAAAGGGCCAUUGAUGGGAAUCGUGCUAGCAACUGGGGACAGGCAUCCUGUUCCGCCACAAUGAAUAAUCCCAAGCCAUGGUGGAGACUGGACCUCCUGAAGUCGUAUGAAAUCAACACUAUCACAAUCACCAACAGAGGAGAUUGUUGCCCCAAUAGAAUCAAUGGAGCUGAGAUCCGCAUUGGAAAUUCUCUCAGUGACAACGGCAACGCAAAUCCCAGAUGCACUGUGAUCUCAUCUAUCCCAGCUGGAAAAACCAAAACAUUUCAGUGUAACGGAAUGGUAGGCCGUUAUGUGAACAUUGUGAUUCCAGGAAGAAGAGAGUAUCUGACACUGUGUGAGGUGGAAGUUUACGGUGAACCUUCAGCUGGUACGAAUAUUGCGAGUGGUGGAAAAGUGACUCAGUCUACAUUGUAUGGGAAAGCUGUGCCUGAAAGGGCCAUUGAUGGGAAUCGUGCUAGCAACUGGGGACAGGCAUCCUGUUCCGCCACAAUGAAUAAUCCCAAGCCAUGGUGGAGACUGGACCUCCUGAAGUCGUAUGAAAUCAACACUAUCACAAUCACCAACAGAGGAGAUUGUUGCCCCAAUAGAAUCAAUGGAGCUGAGAUCCGCAUUGGAAAUUCUCUCAGUGACAACGGCAACACAAAUCCCAGAUGCACUGUGAUCUCAUCUAUCCCAGCUGGAAAAACCAAAACAUUUCAGUGUAACGGAAUGGUAGGCCGUUAUGUGAACAUUGUGAUUCCAGGAAGAAGAGAGUAUCUGACACUGUGUGAGGUGGAAGUUUACGGUGAACCUUCAGCUGGUACGAAUAUUGCCAGAGGUGGAAAAGUGACUCAGUCUACACUGUUUGGGAAAGCUGUGCCUGAAAGGGCCAUUGAUGGGAAUCGUGCUAGCAACUGGGGACAAGGAUCCUGUACCCACACACAAAAGAAUCUCAAACCAUGGUGGAGACUGGAUCUCCAGAAGUUGUAUAAAAUCAACACUGUCACCAUCACCAAUAGAAAGGAUUGUUGCCAUGAUAGAAUCAAUGGAGCUGAGAUCCGCAUUGGGAAUUCUCUCAGUGACAACGGCAACGCAAAUCCCAGAUGCACUGUGAUCUCAUCUAUCCCAGCUGGAAAAACCAAAACAUUUCAGUGUAACGGAAUGGUAGGCCGUUAUGUGAACAUUGUGAUUCCAGGAAGAAGAGAGUAUCUGACACUGUGUGAGGUGGAAGUUCAUGGUGAACCUACAACUGGUACGAAUAUUGCCAGAGGUGGAAAAGUGACUCAGUCUACACUGUUUGGGAAAGCUGUGCCUGAAAGGGCCAUUGAUGGGAAUCGUGCUAGCAACUGGGGACAAGGAUCCUGUACCCACACACAAAAGAAUCUCAAACCAUGGUGGAGACUGGAUCUCCAGAAGUUGUAUAAAAUCAACACUGUCACCAUCACCAAUAGAAAGGAUUGUUGCCAUGAUAGAAUCAAUGGAGCUGAGAUCCGCAUUGGGAAUUCUCUCAGUGACAACGGCAACGCAAAUCCCAGAUGCACUGUGAUCUCAUCUAUCCCAGCUGGAAAAACCAAAACAUUUCAGUGUAACGGAAUGGUAGGCCGUUAUGUGAACAUUGUGAUUCCAGGAAGAAGAGAGUAUCUGACACUGUGUGAGGUGGAAGUUUACGGUGAACCUUCAGCUGGUGGUAAACCUCCAACUAUCACUGGUACGAAUAUUGCGAGUGGUGGAAAAGUGACUCAGUCUACAUUGUAUGGGAAAGCUGUGCCUGAAAGGGCCAUUGAUGGGAAUCGUGCUAGCAACUGGGGACAGGCAUCCUGUUCCGCCACAAUGAAUAAUCCCAAGCCAUGGUGGAGACUGGACCUCCUGAAGUCGUAUGAAAUCAACACUAUCACAAUCACUAACAGAGGAGAUUGUUGCCCCAAUAGAAUCAAUGGAGCUGAGAUCCGCAUUGGAAAUUCUCUCAGUGACAACGGCAACACAAAUCCCAGAUGCACUGUGAUCUCAUCUAUCCCAGCUGGAAAAACCAAAACAUUUCAGUGUAAUGGAAUGGUAGGCCGUUAUGUGAACAUUGUGAUUCCAGGAAGAAGAGAGUAUCUGACACUGUGUGAGGUGGAAGUUUACGGUGAACCUUCAGCUGGUACGAAUAUUGCCAGAGGUGGAAAAGUGACUCAGUCUACACUGUUUGGGAAAGCUGUGCCUGAAAGGGCCAUUGAUGGGAAUCGUGCUAGCAACUGGGGACAAGGAUCCUGUACCCACACACAAAAGAAUCUCAAACCAUGGUGGAGACUGGAUCUCCAGAAGUUGUAUAAAAUCAACACUGUCACCAUCACCAAUAGAAAGGAUUGUUGCCAUGAUAGAAUCAAUGGAGCUGAGAUCCGCAUUGGGAAUUCUCUCAGUGACAACGGCAACGCAAAUCCCAGAUGCACUGUGAUCUCAUCUAUCCCAGCUGGAACAACCAAAACAUUUCAGUGUAACGGAAUGGUAGGCCGUUAUGUGAACAUUGUGAUUCCAGGAAGAAGAGAGUAUCUGACACUGUGUGAGGUGGAAGUUCAUGGUGAACCUACAACUGGUACGAAUAUUGCGAGUGGUGGAAAAGUGACUCAGUCUACACUGUAUGGGAAAGCUGUGCCUGAAAGGGCCAUUGAUGGGAAUCGUGCUAGCAACUGGGGACAGGCAUCCUGUUCCGCCACAAUGAAUAAUCCCAAGCCAUGGUGGAGACUGGACCUCCUGAAGUCGUAUGAAAUCAACACUAUCACAAUCACCAACAGAGGAGAUUGUUGCCCCAAUAGAAUCAAUGGAGCUGAGAUCCGCAUUGGAAAUUCUCUCAGUGACAACGGCAACGCAAAUCCCAGAUGCACUGUGAUCUCAUCUAUCCCAGCUGGAAAAACCAAAACAUUUCAGUGUAACGGAAUGGUAGGCCGUUAUGUGAACAUUGUGAUUCCAGGAAGAAGAGAGUAUCUGACACUGUGUGAGGUGGAAGUUUACGGUGAACCUUCAGCUGGUACGAAUAUUGCGAGUGGUGGAAAAGUGACUCAGUCUACAUUGUAUGGGAAAGCUGUGCCUGAAAGGGCCAUUGAUGGGAAUCGUGCUAGCAACUGGGGACAGGCAUCCUGUUCCGCCACAAUGAAUAAUCCCAAGCCAUGGUGGAGACUGGACCUCCUGAAGUCGUAUGAAAUCAACACUAUCACAAUCACCAACAGAGGAGAUUGUUGCCCCAAUAGAAUCAAUGGAGCUGAGAUCCGCAUUGGAAAUUCUCUCAGUGACAACGGCAACACAAAUCCCAGAUGCACUGUGAUCUCAUCUAUCCCAGCUGGAAAAACCAAAACAUUUCAGUGUAACGGAAUGGUAGGCCGUUAUGUGAACAUUGUGAUUCCAGGAAGAAGAGAGUAUCUGACACUGUGUGAGGUGGAAGUUUACGGUGAACCUUCAGCUGGUACGAAUAUUGCCAGAGGUGGAAAAGUGACUCAGUCUACACUGUUUGGGAAAGCUGUGCCUGAAAGGGCCAUUGAUGGGAAUCGUGCUAGCAACUGGGGACAAGGAUCCUGUACCCACACACAAAAGAAUCUCAAACCAUGGUGGAGACUGGAUCUCCAGAAGUUGUAUAAAAUCAACACUGUCACCAUCACCAAUAGAAAGGAUUGUUGCCAUGAUAGAAUCAAUGGAGCUGAGAUCCGCAUUGGGAAUUCUCUCAGUGACAACGGCAACGCAAAUCCCAGAUGCACUGUGAUCUCAUCUAUCCCAGCUGGAACAACCAAAACAUUUCAGUGUAACGGAAUGGUAGGCCGUUAUGUGAACAUUGUGAUUCCAGGAAGAAGAGAGUAUCUGACACUGUGUGAGGUGGAAGUUCAUGGUGAACCUACAACUGGUACGAAUAUUGCGAGUGGUGGAAAAGUGACUCAGUCUACACUGUAUGGGAAAGCUGUGCCUGAAAGGGCCAUUGAUGGGAAUCGUGCUAGCAACUGGGGACAGGCAUCCUGUUCCGCCACAAUGAAUAAUCCCAAGCCAUGGUGGAGACUGGACCUCCUGAAGUCGUAUGAAAUCAACACUAUCACAAUCACCAACAGAGGAGAUUGUUGCCCCAAUAGAAUCAAUGGAGCUGAGAUCCGCAUUGGAAAUUCUCUCAGUGACAACGGCAACGCAAAUCCCAGAUGCACUGUGAUCUCAUCUAUCCCAGCUGGAAAAACCAAAACAUUUCAGUGUAACGGAAUGGUAGGCCGUUAUGUGAACAUUGUGAUUCCAGGAAGAAGAGAGUAUCUGACACUGUGUGAGGUGGAAGUUUACGGUGAACCUUCAGCUGGUGGUAAACCUCCAACUAUCACUGGUACGAAUAUUGCGAGUGGUGGAAAAGUGACUCAGUCUACAUUGUAUGGGAAAGCUGUGCCUGAAAGGGCCAUUGAUGGGAAUCGUGCUAGCAACUGGGGACAGGCAUCCUGUUCCGCCACAAUGAAUAAUCCCAAGCCAUGGUGGAGACUGGACCUCCUGAAGUCGUAUGAAAUCAACACUAUCACAAUCACCAACAGAGGAGAUUGUUGCCCCAAUAGAAUCAAUGGAGCUGAGAUCCGCAUUGGAAAUUCUCUCAGUGACAACGGCAACACAAAUCCCAGAUGCACUGUGAUCUCAUCUAUCCCAGCUGGAAAAACCAAAACAUUUCAGUGUAACGGAAUGGUAGGCCGUUAUGUGAACAUUGUGAUUCCAGGAAGAAGAGAGUAUCUGACACUGUGUGAGGUGGAAGUUUACGGUGAACCUUCAGCUGGUACGAAUAUUGCCAGAGGUGGAAAAGUGACUCAGUCUACACUGUUUGGGAAAGCUGUGCCUGAAAGGGCCAUUGAUGGGAAUCGUGCUAGCAACUGGGGACAAGGAUCCUGUACCCACACACAAAAGAAUCUCAAACCAUGGUGGAGACUGGAUCUCCAGAAGUUGUAUAAAAUCAACACUGUCACCAUCACCAAUAGAAAGGAUUGUUGCCAUGAUAGAAUCAAUGGAGCUGAGAUCCGCAUUGGGAAUUCUCUCAGUGACAACGGCAACGCAAAUCCCAGAUGCACUGUGAUCUCAUCUAUCCCAGCUGGAACAACCAAAACAUUUCAGUGUAACGGAAUGGUAGGCCGUUAUGUGAACAUUGUGAUUCCAGGAAGAAGAGAGUAUCUGACACUGUGUGAGGUGGAAGUUCAUGGUGAACCUACAACUGGUACGAAUAUUGCGAGUGGUGGAAAAGUGACUCAGUCUACACUGUAUGGGAAAGCUGUGCCUGAAAGGGCCAUUGAUGGGAAUCGUGCUAGCAACUGGGGACAGGCAUCCUGUUCCGCCACAAUGAAUAAUCCCAAGCCAUGGUGGAGACUGGACCUCCUGAAGUCGUAUGAAAUCAACACUAUCACAAUCACCAACAGAGGAGAUUGUUGCCCCAAUAGAAUCAAUGGAGCUGAGAUCCGCAUUGGAAAUUCUCUCAGUGACAACGGCAACGCAAAUCCCAGAUGCACUGUGAUCUCAUCUAUCCCAGCUGGAAAAACCAAAACAUUUCAGUGUAACGGAAUGGUAGGCCGUUAUGUGAACAUUGUGAUUCCAGGAAGAAGAGAGUAUCUGACACUGUGUGAGGUGGAAGUUUACGGUGAACCUUCAGCUGGUACGAAUAUUGCGAGUGAUGGAAAAGUGACUCAGUCUACAUUGUAUGGGAAAGCUGUGCCUGAAAGGGCCAUUGAUGGGAAUCGUGCUAGCAACUGGGGACAGGCAUCCUGUUCCGCCACAAUGAAUAAUCCCAAGCCAUGGUGGAGACUGGACCUCCUGAAGUCGUAUGAAAUCAACACUAUCACAAUCACUAACAGAGGAGAUUGUUGCCCCAAUAGAAUCAAUGGAGCUGAGAUCCGCAUUGGAAAUUCUCUCAGUGACAACGGCAACACAAAUCCCAGAUGCACUGUGAUCUCAUCUAUCCCAGCUGGAAAAACCAAAACAUUUCAGUGUAACGGAAUGGUAGGCCGUUAUGUGAACAUUGUGAUUCCAGGAAGAAGAGAGUAUCUGACACUGUGUGAGGUGGAAGUUUACGGUGAACCUUCAGCUGGUACGAAUAUUGCCAGAGGUGGAAAAGUGACUCAGUCUACACUGUUUGGGAAAGCUGUGCCUGAAAGGGCCAUUGAUGGGAAUCGUGCUAGCAACUGGGGACAAGGAUCCUGUACCCACACACAAAAGAAUCUCAAACCAUGGUGGAGACUGGAUCUCCAGAAGUUGUAUAAAAUCAACACUGUCACCAUCACCAAUAGAAAGGAUUGUUGCCAUGAUAGAAUCAAUGGAGCUGAGAUCCGCAUUGGGAAUUCUCUCAGUGACAACGGCAACGCAAAUCCCAGAUGCACUGUGAUCUCAUCUAUCCUAGCUGGAAAAACCAAAACAUUUCAGUGUAACGGAAUGGUAGGCCGUUAUGUGAACAUUGUGAUUCCAGGAAGAAGAGAGUAUCUGACACUGUGUGAGGUGGAAGUUCAUGGUGAACCUACAACUGGUACGAAUAUUGCCAGAGGUGGAAAAGUGACUCAGUCUACACUGUUUGGGAAAGCUGUGCCUGAAAGGGCCAUUGAUGGGAAUCGUGCUAGCAACUGGGGACAAGGAUCCUGUACCCACACACAAAAGAAUCUCAAACCAUGGUGGAGACUGGAUCUCCAGAAGUUGUAUAAAAUCAACACUGUCACCAUCACCAAUAGAAAGGAUUGUUGCCAUGAUAGAAUCAAUGGAGCUGAGAUCCGCAUUGGGAAUUCUCUCAGUGACAACGGCAACGCAAAUCCCAGAUGCACUGUGAUCUCAUCUAUCCCAGCUGGAACAACCAAAACAUUUCAGUGUAACGGAAUGGUAGGCCGUUAUGUGAACAUUGUGAUUCCAGGAAGAAGAGAGUAUCUGACACUGUGUGAGGUGGAAGUUCAUGGUGAACCUACAACUGGUACGAAUAUUGCGAGUGGUGGAAAAGUGACUCAGUCUACACUGUAUGGGAAAGCUGUGCCUGAAAGGGCCAUUGAUGGGAAUCGUGCUAGCAACUGGGGACAGGCAUCCUGUUCCGCCACAAUGAAUAAUCCCAAGCCAUGGUGGAGACUGGACCUCCUGAAGUCGUAUGAAAUCAACACUAUCACAAUCACCAACAGAGGAGAUUGUUGCCCCAAUAGAAUCAAUGGAGCUGAGAUCCGCAUUGGAAAUUCUCUCAGUGACAACGGCAACGCAAAUCCCAGAUGCACUGUGAUCUCAUCUAUCCCAGCUGGAAAAACCAAAACAUUUCAGUGUAACGGAAUGGUAGGCCGUUAUGUGAACAUUGUGAUUCCAGGAAGAAGAGAGUAUCUGACACUGUGUGAGGUGGAAGUUUACGGUGAACCUUCAGCUGGUACGAAUAUUGCGAGUGGUGGAAAAGUGACUCAGUCUACAUUGUAUGGGAAAGCUGUGCCUGAAAGGGCCAUUGAUGGGAAUCGUGCUAGCAACUGGGGACAGGCAUCCUGUUCCGCCACAAUGAAUAAUCCCAAGCCAUGGUGGAGACUGGACCUCCUGAAGUCGUAUGAAAUCAACACUAUCACAAUCACCAACAGAGGAGAUUGUUGCCCCAAUAGAAUCAAUGGAGCUGAGAUCCGCAUUGGAAAUUCUCUCAGUGACAACGGCAACGCAAAUCCCAGAUGCACUGUGAUCUCAUCUAUCCCAGCUGGAAAAACCAAAACAUUUCAGUGUAACGGAAUGGUAGGCCGUUAUGUGAACAUUGUGAUUCCAGGAAGAAGAGAGUAUCUGACACUGUGUGAGGUGGAAGUUUACGGUGAACCUUCAGCUGGUACGAAUAUUGCCAGAGGUGGAAAAGUGACUCAGUCUACACUGUAUGGGAAAGCUGUGCCUGAAAGGGCCAUUGAUGGGAAUCGUGCUAGCAACUGGGGACAAGGAUCCUGUACCCACACACAAAAGAAUCUCAAACCAUGGUGGAGACUGGAUCUCCAGAAGUUGUAUAAAAUCAACACUGUCACCAUCACCAAUAGAAAGGAUUGUUGCCAUGAUAGAAUCAAUGGAGCUGAGAUCCGCAUUGGGAAUUCUCUCAGUGACAACGGCAACACAAAUCCCAGAUGCACUGUGAUCUCAUCUAUCCCAGCUGGAAAAACCAAAACAUUUCAGUGUAACGGAAUGGUAGGCCGUUAUGUGAACAUUGUGAUUCCAGGAAGAAGAGAGUAUCUGACACUGUGUGAGGUGGAAGUUCAUGGUGAACCUACAGCCUAUACAAAUAUUGCUGUGUUUGGAAAAGCAACUCAGUCCUCACUGCAUGGAAACGCUUUGCCUGAAAGGGCCAUUGAUGGGAAUCGUGCUAACAACUGGGGACAAGGAUCCUGUACCCACACACAAAAGAAUCUCAAACCAUGGUGGAGACUGGAUCUCCAGAAGUUGUAUAAAAUCAACACUGUCACCAUCACCAAUAGAAAGGAUUGUUGCCAUGAUAGAAUCAAUGGAGCUGAGAUCCGCAUUGGGAAUUCUCUCAGUGACAACGGCAACGCAAAUCCCAGAUGCACUGUGAUCUCAUCUAUCCCAGCUGGAACAACCAAAACAUUUCAGUGUAACGGAAUGGUAGGCCGUUAUGUGAACAUUGUGAUUCCAGGAAGAAGAGAGUAUCUGACACUGUGUGAGGUGGAAGUUCAUGGUGAACCUACAGCCUAUACAAAUAUUGCUGUGUUUGGAAAAGCAACUCAGUCCUCACUGCAUGGAAACGCUUUGCCUGAAAGGGCCAUUGAUGGGAAUCGUGCUAGCAACUGGGGACAAGGAUCCUGUACCCACACACAAAAGAAUCUCAAACCAUGGUGGAGACUGGAUCUCCAGAAGUUGUAUAAAAUCAACACUAUCACCAUCACCAAUAGAAAGGAUUGUUGCCAUAAUAGAAUCAAUGGAGCUGAGAUCCGCAUUGGAAAUUCUCUCUGUGAAAAUGGCAAUGCAAAUCCCAGAUGCACUGUGAUCUCAUCUAUCCCAGCUGGAACAACCAAAACAUUUCAGUGUAACGGAAUGGUAGGCCGUUAUGUGAACAUUGUGAUUCCAGGAAGAAGAGAGUAUCUGACACUGUGUGAGGUGGAAGUUUACGGUGAACCUUCAGCUGGUACGAAUAUUGCCAGAGGUGGAAAAGUGACUCAGUCUACACUGUAUGGGAAAGCUGUGCCUGAAAGGGCCAUUGAUGGAAAUCGUGCUAGCAACUGGGGACAAGGAUCCUGUACCCACACACAAAAGAAUCUCAAACCAUGGUGGAGACUGGAUCUCCAGAAGUCGUAUAAAAUCAACACUGUCACCAUCACCAAUAGAAAGGAUUGUUGCCAUGAUAGAAUCAAUGGAGCUGAGAUCCGCAUUGGGAAUUCUCUCAGUGACAACGGCAACGCAAAUCCCAGAUGCACUGUGAUCUCAUCUAUCCCAGCUGGAAAAACAAAAACAUUUCAGUGUAACGGAAUGGUAGGCCGUUAUGUGAACAUUGUGAUUCCAGGAAGAAGAGAGUAUCUGACACUGUGUGAGGUGGAAGUUUAUGGUGAACCUUCAGCUGGUGGUAAACCUCCAACUAUCACUGGUGAGUUGUACCGUAUAAAAUGUUGUGUAGAUGCCUAUGAGCAGAUGAUCGAACAAAAGGUUUAA